UCCUGUAUUUUCUUUCCCCUAAAAAACAUCAUUUCUAAUUUUUUAUUGCUAUUAUUUUAAACUAUUCAGUAAUGGGGUGGAUGUCUGACGGAGCUGUGGGUGUCUCCGUUCAGUGUGGGGAAUGGUUGGGUUGGAAAGGUCCUUACAGGGUAACUAUGGAAUGGUUGGGAUGGAAGGGUCCUCACAGGUCAGUUGUGGAGUGGUUGGCAUGGAAGGGUCCUUACAGGUCAAUUGUGAAAUGGUUGGGAUGGAAGGGUCCUUACAGGUCAAUUGUGAAAUGGUUGGGAUGGAAGGGUCCUUACAGAUCAAUUGUGGAAUGGUUGGGAUGGAAGGGUCCUUACAGUUCAGCUGUGGAGUGGUUGGGAUGGAAGGGUCCUUACAGGUCAGCUGUGGAGUGGUUGGGAUGGCAGGGUCCUUACAGGUCAAUUGUGAAAUGAUUGGGAUGGAAGGGUCCUUACAGGUCAGCUGUGGAGUGGUUGGGAUGGAAGGGUCCUUACAGGUCAGCUGUGGAGUGGUUGGGAUGGAAGGGUCCUUACAGGUCAGUUGUGGAGUGGUUGGGAUGGAAGGGUCCUUACAGGUCAGUUGUGGAGUGGUUGGGAUGGAAGGGUCCUUACAGGUCAGCUGUGGAGUGGUUGGGAUGGAAGGGUCCUUACAGGUCAGUUGUGGAGUGGUUGGGAUGGAAGGGUCCUUACAGGUCAGUUGUGGAGUGGUUGGGAUGGAGGGGUCCUUACAGGUCAGUUGUGGAGUGGUUGGGAUGGAGGGGUCCUUACAGGUCAAUUGUGGAGUGGUUGGGAUGGAAGGGUCUUUACAGGUCAGCUGUGGAGUGGUUGGGAUGGAAGGGUCCUUACAGGUCAGUUGUGGAGUGGUUGGGAUGGAGGGGUCCUUACAGGUCAGUUGUGGAGUGGUUGGGAUGGAAGGGUCCUUGCAGGACAGCUGUGGAGUGGUUGGGAUGGAAGGGUCCUUAGAGGUCAAUUGUGGAGUGUUUGGGAUGGAAGGGUCCUUACAGAUCAAUUGUGAAAUGGUUGGGAUGGAGGGGUCCUUACAGGUCAGUUGUGAAAUGGUUGGGAUGGAGGGGUCCUUACAGGCCAAUUGUGAAAUGGUUGGGAUGGAAGGGUCCUUACAGGUCAAUUGUGGAGUGGUUGGGAUGGAAGGGUCCUUAAAGGUCAACUGUGGAAUGGUUGGGAUGGAAGGGUCCUUACAGAUCAAUUGUGAAAUGGUUGGGAUGGAAGGGUCCUUACAGGUCAAUUGUGAAAUGGUUGGGAUGGAACGGUCCUUACAGGUCAGCUGUGGAGUGGUUGGGAUGGAAGGGUCCUUACAGGUCAGUUGUGGAGUGGUUGGGAUGGAAGGGUCCUUACAGGUCAAUUGUGAAAUGGUUGGGAUGGAAGGGUCCUUACAGGUCAAUUGUGAAAUGGUUGGGAUGGAAGGGUCCUUACAGGUCAGCUGUGGAGUGGUUGGGAUGGAAGGGUCCUUACAGGGUAACUGUGGAAUGGUUGGGAUGGAAGGGUCCUUACAGGUUAAUUGUGAAAUGGUUGGGAUGGAGGGGUCCUUACAGGUCAGUUGUGGAGUGGUUGGGAUGGAGGGGUCCUUACAGGUCAGUUGUGGAGUGGUUGGGAUGGAAAGGUCCUUACAGAUCAAUUGUGGAGUAGUUGGGAUCGAAGGGUCCUUACAGGUCAAUUGUGGAGUGGUUGGGAUGGAGGGGUCCUUACAGGUCAGUUGUGGAGUGGUUGGGAUGGCAGGGUCCUUACAGGUCAAUUGUGGAGUGGUUGGGAUGGAGGGGUCCUUACAGGGUAACUGUGGAAUGGUUGGGAUGGCAGGGUCCUUACAGGUCAACUGUGGAGUGGUUGGGUUGGACAGGUCCCUACACAUCAACCACGGGACGAUCCUAUAUUCUGUAGGUGCACACGGUGAGGAUGGGUCAGUGGUUGGACUUGCAGUCUUUGAGGUCUCUUCCAACCCUAACGAUUCUACGAUUCCAAAAUCCCACCCCAGCACUCAAUCCCAAGAUCUGACCCCCAAAUCCAGCCCCAAAACCCAACCCCAAAACAGGUUUGCCGGUCAGACUCGAUGAUCGUGGAGCUCUUUUCCAACCUCAAUGAUUCUAUGCUUCUAUUGCCCCAAGGAUAAACUUUGAGUUGGUGUAAAAGUCAGCUCUUCUUUCACCUCCCAGUUCCAAUGCUCGAAUCAGAGCCAUCAGCUCAACAUUCACAGCGAACAUGUUGGCUGGCAAAGGUUGAGCCUUCUUUUGGGGUCAUAGUGGUACAUCCAAAGCUUUCCAUUCCCUUGAACUACUCCAUCGGGGAGCAGCUCCCAUAUCCCUGAUUUUCCUGGUGGGAUCUGUUGGAUCUGGAUAUGCCUCUGUUGGGAUCAACGCUGGUGAUGCCAUCUGGAAAAACAUCCUUGCGUUCUCCGUAGGCAUUCUGCGCUUAGGAUAGAAUCAUAGAAUCAUAGAAUCAUAGAAUCAUAGAAUCACAAGGUUGGAAACGACCUGCAAGAUCAUCCAGUCCAACCCCCCUCCCAUUGCUAUCAGUGCCACAAGCACUAAACCACAUCUUGUGGCUCCUCAUCCAGGCGCCUCUUGAACCAGGGACGGCGACUCCACCACCUCCCUGUGCAGCCAUUGCAGUGCCUGACCACCCUUUGAGAGAAGAAGUUUCUCCUCAUAUCCAACCUAAACCUCCUCUGGUACAACUUCUGGCCGUUUCCUCGGCUCCUACUGUUUGCCUGGGAGAAGAGGCCAGACCCUUCUGCACCACAGCCUUCCUUCAUGCAGUUGCACAGUGCAAUGCAGCCUCCCCUGAGCUCCUCUUCUCCACACUGAACAACCCCAGCUCCCUCAGCCUCUCCUCAUCAGCCCUGUGCUCCAGACCCCUCACCAUUUCGUUGCCCUUCUCUGCACACAUCCCAGGGCCUCCAUGUCUUUCUUGUAGUGAGGGGCCCAAAACUGAACCCAGCACUCGAGGUGCGGCCUCACCAGUGCUGAGUAGAGGGGGAUGCUCACCUCCCUGCUCCUGCUGGCCGCACUAUUUGGAUAGUGUGGAUGGUACAAAUGGUUCAAUUCUGGCCCUAAAAUGCCCGUCCACGAAGGUGAAGCCAACAAACGUGCAUCCAAUGGCUGCAUUCUUGUUGCUUUUCUGCAUUAUUUGCUCCAUGAAGGAAAGUCUGCAAAGGGAGGGGAAAAAAACCCCCAAAAACAACAACAAAACUCACAGCCGAGCGCGCACCGCUUAUUUUGGUACCGCUAACCUCAUUACAGAACCACGAACCUCUUAAUUAACGACAUGCAAAAUAUAUGGCCGUGAUUGCAUUUGCAUACUGAGGCUUCAACACCUUAGGCUGCGUCGCGGUUUAAUUAAGGAUUAAUUAGAGACGGCGGGAAUUUCAUGUCACUUAGGGUAAUGGUUUUGCAUAUUUGACAGAUAUCAGUAGGGGAUGUGCAGGAAAAUGGGGAAUUUGUGUUUUCUUGUGUGUAAAGAGAACCAGUGAGUUUUAUGGUCCAUGAGUUUCUUCAGUAGCGAUGAACUUGCUGGGAUGAGCUACGGGGUGGAAAGUGCAACUCAUUAAUGCUAAUUAACUCCUCUCUAGUUUCUUGCUAACCCCAGCCGACCAGAUUCUUCCCUUGAGGUUGUGGGGGCGCUUUAUUCAGCAGUUGACUUGAGAUGAGCUGAUGCGUAAUUGAUGAUAACGAAUGUCUAAUUACCGUCAUUAGACGGGUGACAUAAAAUUAAGCUGCAGCUGGGAGCUCAACUCCAAUAUGAGGUGUGCUGACGUGCAUCACGAUGUGUGUAAGGAGAUGGGAACCCAAACACCUCUUCCACCGACCCUUCCCAGCCCUAAUAGUUCCACGUGAGCUCUGUCAGAGUGAGGAGUGUUGUUCUGGGGGGGGCUUUGGGGUCCCUUCCAACCCAACUGUGCUUCUGUGAUCUUUAAGGACCUUUCUAAACCAACCCAACCCUGUUCUACAGUUCUGUAAUCUUUAAGGACCUUUCCAAUCCAUUGUUUGGUUCUGUGACCUUCAAGGACCCUUCCAACCCAACCCAUUGUAUGGUUCUGUGAUCUUUAAGGACCCUUCCAACCCAACCCAUUGUUUGGUUCUGUGAUCUUCAAGGACCCUUCCAACCCAAUCCAUUGUUUGGUUCUGUGAUCUUUAAGGACCCUUCCAACCCAACCCAUUGUAUGGUUCUGUGAUCUUUAAGGACCCUUCCAACCCAACCCAUUGUAUGGUUCUGUGAUCUUUAAGGACCCUUCCAACCCAACCCAUUCCGUAGUUCUGUGAUCUUUAAGGACCCUUCCAACCCAACCCAUUCUAUGGUUCUGUGGUCUUUAAGCUUUCUUUUAACCCAACCACAUUCUGUGGUUCCUUGAUCUUUAAGGACCCUUCCAACCCAACCAAACCCCAUUCCGUAGUUCUGUGAUCUUUAAGGAUCCAUCCAACCCAACCCAUUCUGUCCUCCCACGGUUCUGUGUUGUCGGAUGGCUUUGGAAUAUUGCUUUGGUCACUUUGGAUCUGCUGUGCAUCACUGUGUUAUCAACAGAGAUUCCCUCCUGAAUCCAAUCCACUACUCAUUAAAUUGCCUCACAGUUAAAAUCCAAUUAAAAGCCAGAAAGCUCCUGGUGUUUCUUGAACUCAGUAUGUUUCGAGGGUCUUUUGUUUGUUCAUGUGUUCUUUCAGGAGCGAACAGUAAAUUGUCAAAAAUUGGGAUUUAAAUAUUCUGAAUCAGAUUUGCUUGGAAUCGAAGGCGGAUGAUCCGAGCGCGGAUCCCGUUGCGUGUCAGCGUAACGAAAGUGGAUUUGGGUCUGAUUUCAUCAGGUUGUUUCAGGUGUCGAGGUUUUAACAGGGCAAAACGUGGUGCUGUCAAUACUUCGGGGUGGUGUAGGCUGGUGGUGUGGCCUUUUGCUGGCGCAGUGUGGCCUAUCAUUGGUGAUGGCGUAGCCUCUGCCUGGCAGUGGUGUAGUUGCACCGUUGGCACACCAGGCACCUUAAGUCAAGCAACCCUCAGGUAUGGAAUUCAGCACGAUCCCACAUCUGCAUGGCGUCCUUUUCACCCCCCAGGCACUGAAAUACAGUGGCUGUAGAAGCUCAGGCAUCCCAUCCACCUCCCAUAGUCUGUCUUUGAUCUUUAAGGACCCUCCCAACCCAACCCAACCCAA